GCAACGUCGAAUGGACGCGACUCCGGCUUGACUCCGCGAAAGCACAUUUAUCCUUUCGGCACGAGAAGUACAAGCAAGUAACCGCAACCACCCCCUGCACAAGCGCUUAUGUGGGCGCAUCGCUUUUAAAGUUGCGGGACACUCGCUUUUAAAGUUGCGGUGUGCCCAAAGCCACCCUAGCCAGAGAGUGGUGACGGCUGCGUUACGGCCAGCCGUGAUUUCGCGAAAGUGUGUCUUGUUUGGAAGUGUUCGAUGCGUACACGGUACGUGUGUGUUAGUGUGUGAGUGUGUGUAUUUCUAGAUUGAGUUGGGAGAGGGAGCGAAACAAUUUCUUGUUUUGAUCGAAGCGAGAAUCGAAAGAACCACUAAAAGAGAGCGAGGAAGAGAGAAAGAAGUGUCAGCAAGUUGAAUGGGGGAAACAAGUAGCAUAACCAACACUGCUCGCAACCGUGUGUGAAUGACAGCCCAGCAGCCUCAGAAUAAAGCUACGGAAACAAGGAUUUUCUAAGAUUGUGGUCCUCUGGUGGGGCUUUGGUGUGGCCUUGUGUGGGCAUCCUGACCUUUCUCGGACAGUGGACUGUAAAUUGAGUUAUCGUGUGGAGAAGUUUUGAUUCAGUUGUGCGCCGCGGUGACAAGUUUCUUGUGUGUUAGCAAAGGUUGACAGGUGUCUAAUUAGAACCCAAAGUUGGUCCAUUGAAGAAGCACAGGUGAAAUCCUGCUGUGCGCUGCAUCCGAACGGAUUGCAGGUAUAAGAAAGUUGGUCCGUCAGAAGCACAGAUCCGAACAAGGUGGCGCUCCGAAAACGAACAAAUCACGUUGGCAAGUGUUUGUUUACAAACUAAAAUCUGUCAUUGUCACCAUUCUACCUAUCAUGUGGUGGGUGUAUUGAUAUGUUUUGAAUGUGCAUAGGUGACCUAGGAGCAUAUGUAGAUCCCGUAUCCGGUAGAAUAGAAUGCUCUCGAUGGGCGCAUUUGUGUCAACUCGAAACACCUUCCGAAAGGAAGAUUGAUAUUGACGUUUGGUUCCCCAGUUUCCAUGUUUUGUUUUGGGACCUAUCGUGUAUCGUAUUCCAGUAGAGCAAACUCUCCGCAUAAAUGUGUAUGUGUAUGUGUGUGUACAUGAACAUAACUCCCCACGGCCUACCGAGAGCGAUACAUGGCUAAAAAACCACUUUUCGCCAAAAAUCCCCUCGAAUUUAGCAUGCUGCUAAUUUGAAAUAAUCGAAGUUGUCUAUGGAUCAGGUCAAUCAUUUACUCCCGAAAAAAAAGUUGACGAUGAAAAAAACGCAAAGCUGCUGCCAUUUGCUCCAAUUAGAAAAUUCAUCACGGAAUGUGUGUUAGUGUUACAGAAUUCUUGCAGCGCGUUGGCCCGAAGUGAGUAAAUACAACAGCAGCAGCAGCAGCAAGAAAAAAAGAAUGAUUGUUCUCCACGCCAAAAAAAGCCAAAUCUCUAUGUGGAAGUGUGCUAUGCUCCGAUAUGCUGCGGCGCGGUGUGUGAUGCUGUUGCCGUUGGAAGAAAAGUGCUUUCAGUGCAAAUAGGUGUGUAUGUGUGUCUGUGUCUGUGCGAGUGUUGGUGAUUUUAUGUAUGCUACCCACCCACGGACGUCGUCACCGCCCAGCAGUGGUUUUCUAGACCAGCAGAGAGAGGCAGAGCGGCUGGGAGAUUGUUUCCCGAUGUCAAAUUACGAGCGAAAUUCAAUUUUCGCCAAACAACACAACAGAGGCCAUUGUGCUGAAGAGUUUUUCGCGUUAUAAGUAUCUCAUCACGUCGUAUCGGAGCGGGGGGAAAAAGUAGAAAUAAUUUUCCGAGUGGAGUGAAGUGUAGUGAAAAACGGGGAAAAGUUAAUCAAUCGCGUAAAGUAGGUGAAGCUAGGGCCUUCGUAUGUUGUUUUGAGGGAAAAGUGGGAAAAGAAGCGAAAAUGUCAUCCCAUCAUCUGUACGGGGCACUCAUUGCCCUGACCUGUGUGCUGUGCUAUCACAACAGUCUGAACUGUGGCUUCGUGUUCGACGAUAUCAGUGCGAUCAAGGAGAACCGGGACCUGCGGCCGCACUCGUCGAUCAAGAAUGUCUUCCUCAACGACUUCUGGGGGACGCCAAUGCACAAGGAACAAAGCCAUAAAUCAUAUCGGCCCCUGUGUGUGCUGACGUUCCGCUGGAAUUUUCUCCUGCAUGGCUUCGAACCGGCCGGCUAUCAUUUGGUGAACAUGGUGCUCCACCUCGUCGUUUCGCUGAUGUACUUCCGAAUGUGCGCAAUGCUCCUGUCGGAAGUGUCCAGCUUUGCAGCGGCGAUGUUGUUCGCGGUGCAUCCGAUCCACACCGAGGCGGUGACCGGAGUGGUUGGCCGCGCCGAGACGCUAUCCUCGGUGUUCUUCCUGGCGGCGUUUAUCUUCUACACCAAAGCGACCAGGCGGAAACGAUCCACAGGCUGGCGCUAUCUCUCGAUGGCGAUCAUUUUUGUGGCCACUGCGAUGCUUUGCAAGGAGCAGGGAAUCACCAUCACCGGGGUCUGUGCAAUCUACGAGAUCUUCGUAGCUCAAAAGCUUCGUCUCGGCGACAUCUACCACCUGGCUCGGUCGGCAAUGACCGGCAAAACGCUGCCUAGCGGCUGGUGGCCUCACGAAGCCACCCGACGGCUGGUAGUCCUGUUCGUGGCCACCGUGGCACUCCUGUUCGCCCGAUUGCAAAUUAUGGGCUCGCAGCUUCCGGUCUUUACGAGAUUCGAUAAUCCGGCCUCGGUUGCGUCGACGCCAACCCGUCAGCUGACCUACAACUAUCUGGCCUCGGUCAACCUGUGGCUACUGCUGUUCCCGUGCGAUCUUUGCUGCGACUGGACGAUGGGCACCGUCCCGCUGGUGGAGAGCUUCUCGGACCCGCGCAAUCUGGCCACGCUCGGGGCGUACGGACUGAUCGGGGUGCUCUUCUGGGUGGCCUUCGUCCAGACCGACCGACAGAAGUCCGGCGUUAUCGUUAUGGGUCUCGCAUUCCUGGUGCUCCCAUUCCUACCAGCAUCGAAUCUGUUCUUCCCGGUGGGUUUCGUGAUCGCUGAACGAGUGCUUUACAUGCCCUCGAUGGGAUUCUGUCUGCUGGUAGCGUACGGAUUCCAGCUGCUAGCGGAGCGAUGGUCACGCAAGAAGACCUGGGCCUGUCUCGGAUUCCUUUUGCUGAGCCAUUCGAUAAAAACCUACAACCGAAACGCGGACUGGGAGUCCGAGUACACCAUCUUCAUGUCCGGCCUAAAAGUGAACCAACGGAACGCCAAACUGUUCAACAACGUUGGCCACGCACUCGAAAGCGUCGGAAAAUUCGAACAGGCGCUACAGUUCUUCCACAAGGCGGUGAGCGUCCAGGAGGAUGACGUCGGAGCACACAUUAACGUCGGCCGGACGUACAAUCAUCUCCAGCAGUUCCAGGAGGCUGAGGAGGCCUAUCUGAAGGCUAAAUCACUCCUCCCGAAGGCGAAACCAGGCGAAUCGUACCAGGCCCGGAUCGCCCCUAACCAUCUGAACGUUUUCCUCAAUCUGGCGAAUUUGAUCUCGAAAAAUGCCACCCGCCUGGAGGAAGCCGAUCUACUAUAUCGGCAAGCGAUCAGCAUGCGGUCCGACUACACCCAGGCCUACAUCAAUCGAGGUGACAUCCUGAUCAAGUUGAACCGAACGAAGGAAGCGCAGGAGGUGUACGAGAGGGCGCUGCUGUACGACAGCACCAAUCCGGACAUCUAUUACAAUCUGGGGGUGGUAUUCCUGGAGCAGGGCAAAGCCUCCCAGGCGCUGGCUUACCUCGACAAGGCGCUGGAAUUCGACCCAGAGCACGAACAGGCGCUGUUGAAUUCGGCUAUCUUACUGCAGGAACUGGGACGUCCCGAACUGCGGAAGAUUGCCCGCGAACGGUUGCUAAAGCUGCUAGCGAAAGACGAGGUGAACGAACGUGUUCACUUCAAUCUGGGCAUGCUGGCGAUGGACGACCGAAACACAGACGAGGCGGAAAACUGGUUCCGACGGGCGGUUCAUCUCAAGCAGGAUUUCCGCAGUGCACUGUUCAAUUUGGCUCUGCUGCUUGCGGAUGACCACCGACCACUGGAGGCGGCCCCGUUCCUCAAUCAGCUCGUUAAGUACCAUCCGGACCAUAUCAAGGGGCUCAUUUUGCUGGGUGAUAUAUACAUCAAUAACAUCAAGGAUCUGGAUGCGGCAGAAAACUGCUACAAACGCAUCCUACAGCUGGACCCAAUCAACAUCCAGGGUCUGCACAAUCUGUGUGUGGUUUAUGUCGAGCGGGGCAGGCUGGCCCAGGCGCAAUCCUGUCUAGCGCACGCCCACCAGCUGGCUCCCAGCGAGGACUACAUCCUGCGCCAUCUGCAGAUCGUUCAGACUCGCAUCAACCGUCUGCGGGGGACACCCGGCCCAAGCCGGGAGAAAGAGAUCGCCUUUGCGGAAUUUGAUCCGCUAGAUUUUGGUGGAAGUCCGUUGGCGGCGGCGGCGGCUGGCGUUGACUUUCAGCAGCUAAUUAAGAGCAACCGUGUAAAUAGUGAUAGUAGCACUAAUAACCAUGCCGAAGCUAGUAGUAGCAGUAGCAGUGACACUAGCAGUAGUAAUAAUAACGAUAAUCAUAGUAAUCUGGGAACAUCAUUACCUCAUGUAAAGGACGCGACCGGAUUGGGUAGCAGCAGCAACGAUGACAACGGCGGCAGUGAUCCUAUUUUUAUUGAGUUGGAAGACGCUGCAUCCACGACGCCGCAGCAGCCAUCCGAUGUCACCGGUAGUGCUGCAACGCCACCCACAAACGGUUGGCCGGUGGCCAACGAGAGCCACCAACAGCUGCAGCGACAACAACAGAAUGCACCUAAACUGAGCGACGAUACGAUGGCUGAUGGCAGCAGUGAGGACGAGAAAUCUAUCAGCAGUAACAGUGUCGGCAGCGGCAGCAGCAGUAGUGGUGCAAAUGACGCUCAGUUCCAUCCCCACCAGCAGCCGCCGAGGCGACCGAUGGGAAGCGGGACGGACAGUACCGACAGUGGCACUGUUCCGCAGGUCGGCGGGCAGGAUCUGGACGAUCCAUCGUCCGGGAUGUCAUAGCAUCAAAUUCUUAAUUACAAGUUAGACUGUUUUAAAAUUAAUUAGAACCGAACCGAAGCUGCUGCUGCUGCUUCUGCGGGGAGCGAACUGAUGUUGGGGACGAUGGUGAGCUGAAAUGAAAGAGGAGUAUGAUUGCUGAGAUGAUGAUGAUGGGGCUGUUAUUGUGGGAACCCUGUGUCACACAGCUGCAUUCAGCAGUUGGAAAAAUAAUGAACCUUAAAAACGGAGACAGACAGAAAAUGCAAGCGCGCUAAUGAAAAGCACGGACGGAGGGAACUUGCCUUGGAGACGUCAUUGGAUGGAAUACAUUACGAUGGGGUGGCAUCGAGCGGAUGGUUUUUGUGAUCGGGAAAAGGCGAUUUUGAGAUGUUUUUCUUCCUUUUUUUUGUUUUUAAGAGGCUUUAAGAGACUUUUCAGUUCAUUCGCCUCUAGAUUGAGAUGUUUGAGAUAAGGUUCGUUAUUGAGCGACUUACUUACAUUCCCAUAAUCAUUCCGACAAAACUGUAUUCAUUCGGAAGGUUGUUCGUUCAAACAAAAGAUAAAUCUAAUAGCUUCAGUAUUUCACGUUUUCACAAAAAAUUUUAGAGCAUCAAUGGACAAUAUGCACACAUAAAGAAAAACAGUGAACACACUCACCAGUUUUUGCUAGUAAAUUCAGCGUAAUUAUUUUAAUUUUUUUGUUGUCUUUAUUUGAGGAACAUUCUUUUUUCUUUGUUUUUAAGAGCUUUUAAACUUUGCAGUUCAUUCGCCUCUAUUGAUGAACCUUCAGCCGUAGGCUCAUUCAUCUUUGUGAACUACGGGGAUGAGUCCUGAAGGGGCUCUUUGAAGUGACGAAAAAUAAGGUCCCCUUACGCAUGGGGUCCGAGAGGUCGAAAGAAAUUGUUGAUAGAGGACGUUCGGAAGGUUUCCGGACAUCAGAACAACAUCUAUCUUCAAGCGGAUCAUCUCAUCCAGCGACUUCUUCGCGUAAUGGACGAAGGCCAGAUCCAGCCAAAACACCACAUCCUCGUCCAUAUGAUAUUUUGAAUGAAGGAUAUAGCAUUCGACAGGCCCUAAAUCUCCCCGUUCACCGCAAGUCCCGAACGGAAGAAGAACGACUUUGACAUCCCCUUUUCGUUGAUAGUUAACCACAAAAACACUUUCUUUGGUAACUUGGUGUAGAAGAUGUACUUCACGUCGAAGUUUACCUCCUGUGUGUGGAACAUUAUGUAUCUGUUGCCCUGUCAGUCGUUGCCACAAAGUGUUAAAUACGUCUCAUCGUCCAUGAUGACCGCAACGUUCCGCUUUACCGAAAAAAAUCCAUUCUCCAUCCCUUUCAGCCUUUGUUUCUGGGUCACAGCUUAGUGUUCCGACACGACCGGUCUUGACUAACGUUUCCGCAUGAUGAUGUCCAUCUCCGCUAGAUAUUAUUUCACUGUCUGGCCCGUUGCUCUGCUUCCAUUCAAUGUUUUCAGAAGAGUGAGGAUAUUAUAGGUUCCGUAACGGGUGUAUCUGGUGGUCUCAAAGUACUUGACGAUGUUCACUUUCUUCGCAAUGGGAUGGAGCACCCAGUACGCACAAACCAUGGAGCGCAGUUAAUUACUGUUUUCACCAUAACUUCCGCAGUUCAGAGACGAAUGAACUCUCAGAGUUUAAAGUCUCUCUAAUUCAAUACCUUCCUUCCUUCCUUCCGCAGUUCGACUGAUAGCGCUGUCAAAUUUUGUUUGAAAACUCAUGGAUUACUAUGAUUGAUGAUGCACAAGUGAUUUCAUCACCCAAUGUUAAGGUAAACGCAUGAAAAAUUCGUGAAAUAUGUUCACUUUUUAAUGCAACCGUUAUGCUUGUUGAGUCAAUAUUUGUUGAAUUCGAAUUUCGUGUGUUGCCUGGGGGUUUCGUUGUUAAGUUCAUUUGUCUGGUUUCCGUUUCCGAUGUCCAGAUCAGUGCUUAGUGUUUGCUUAGUGGGAUCGCUGUCGGUGGUUUCUCCUUGUCGUUGCUGUUCCUCGGUUAUAUUAGGUUGGGAAAAAUCCAUUAUUUUUGCAUGAAAUCCAAUACUUUAUUUGAGAUGUUUCUGUUUUUUCAAUUAAGGUCAAACAUGUACCAUUUUGUUGUAAAAUUUAGAGCCAUUUUAAAGGUAGCUCAUAUAAUAAAAGUCUUGAUCUUAAUUUCCUAUCCCUCAGGAUGCAACGCGAGAAAAAGGUGAUAAUCGCUUGGGGCCAGGUCUAGCCUUUAUGGUAGAUGCAUUAAAAUUUCCUAACCAAGCUCCCGGACAUUUGAGGAGGUUGAUGCGACUGAGACAGCCCCUCUCAAUACCAUCGCAGUGUUGGUUGAAAGACAGCUUCCGGUCGAUGGUGACUCCGAGAAUCCGUAAAGUGUUCCGUCUUGGAAUACGUUUGUCAUCGAUGUAGGUCGGGGUGUUGCAAUCUCUAUGGUUGUGACCACAAAUGUGGGUUAACUCACUUUUGGAAGGUGAUAGUGUAGACCCACCCGAACCCAAGAGUAGACCCACUGACCCCAAGAAACCACUUAUAUGAGCUUUUUCGUGUCCAACUUUACAGAUGCACCCACUACCAUUAGCAUCACAUCAUCCUCGCAUACAAAGAUACGGAUGCCCCUUGGUAGGUUCUCGAUAAUGCUGUUAAUUUUUUUGAAAAAUACGGAGCCUUGAGAGACUCCGGUUUCCUCGAUGAAUUCCCUCGAGUUUUCGUUCCAAUCAAGAAGCCCUUCACAAAUUGGAGCAUAUGACACGCGAUACCCCAACUGUUGAGUUGCUGCAGAACCGCCGGUGUCCCAGCUCGGUUGUACGUUUGGGAGAUUUCCAGUGCCUCAUUCAGAGCAUAACUCUGGGUGACCAGAUGCGUGGUCGUCCCGGUCCCGAAUGGUUCCCGAAAUGGUGCUGAAUCAGCCCGCGAUCCACAAUUCUCUCCAUGACCUUACGAUGAAUGUUCUUUGGGAUCAUUCUCUAGGAAAUUUAUGCUCAGUCCAGAUCCAGUAAUUUCGUUUUACCUACUGGAGUAGGCUUCGCGAGAAGCGGAUUCCCUAUCUCGUCCGGUCCCGCCGAUUUGUCCUUGGCGACGGAAAGUGCCAAGUUGAGUUCCCGUAGAUUAGAAGGUUGAUUGAUGUGCGGGUUGGGAUCAUGAUCGGGAACCUUCUAUCGUUGAAUAGCGUCCACCGUAACUUGCUUUCGUUUGAUGGGUUCUAUGGGGUAGCCUUCCAGUGCCGAUAGUAGUUGAAAGUGGUUCCCCAGAGCGUUCGCAACUGCGAGUGUUGUUCCCUGAGAUUUAAUCUUUCCAGAGAGAGCAUUUACUCACAACUCGGUCGUGAUGUUGUCGUUGAAUAUAUCGUCGAUGUGGUAGGCUUCACCAGCUCUCGUUUCAUCCGGAUGUUCAGUGGAUAGUCACUGAGCCGCACGUAAGGCCUUUCUUUUGAAUUGUCUUCUUGAGCUGCGACUUGUCCUGUGGUGGAAUCUCUAUCACUGGCUCUAUUUGAGAUAACCGUUGUUUUAGAACCCCGCCAUAGUUGAACUUUUUCUUUCGCCUGUUUGAUCUCAAAUUUGCGGUUGCCACGGGCCGCUUCAAUCAAAUCAAGCGUUAUCGUCACGAUCAUAUUCCUAUUUAACAUAGCGCGGUCGUCUCGAUCCGCUUUCAAUUUAACCAGUGCGGUCGUCUCGAUCCGCUUUCUUUUAAACCUAGCGCGGUCGUCUCGAUCCGCUUUUAAUUAAUACCUGCGCGGUCGUCUCGAUCCGCUUUCAAUUUAUACUAGCGCGGUCGUCGCGAUCCACUUUCAAUUUAUACCUGCGCGGUCGUCUCGAUCCGCUUUCAAUUUAUACCAGUGCGGUCGUCUCGAUCCGCUUUCAUUUAAACCUAGCGCGGUCUUCUCGAUCCACUUUCAAUUUUUACCAGCGCGGUCGUCGCGAUCCACUUUCAAUUUAUACCUGCGCGGUCAUCUCGAUCCGCUUUCAAUUUAUACCAGCGCGGUCGUCACUUUCCGCUUUCAAUUUAUACUAGCGCGGUCGUCUCGAUCCGCUUUCAAUUUAACCAGUGCGGUCGUCUCGAUCCGCUUUCAUUUAAACCUAGCGCGGUCGUCUCGAUCCGCUUUCAUUUAAACCUAGCGCGGUCUUCUCGAUCCACUUUCAAUUUUUACCAGUGCGGUCGUCUCGAUCCGCUUUCAUUUAAACCUAGCGCGGUCUUCUCGAUCCACUUUCAAUUUUUACCAGCGCGGUCGUCGCGAUCCACUUUCAAUUUAUACCAGCGCGGUCGUCGCGAUCCGCUUUCAAUUUAUACCAGCGCGGUCGUCUCGAUCCGCUUUUGUCGAGACAGUUAUAGCUGACAGUGCUGUGAAUAUGCAUUCUGGAGUCCACACAGAGUGAAACUCCUAGUAGCGAAGGUUUUAUUUCGUUGGGUUUGGUGGUCGAGCAAGCAUGCUUGCUGAGCGUGUUGCAGACUCCAACAGAGCUCUAUCGGUGGAAGCAGUCCAAAAGGACGCCAACACCGGCAGAGGUGAGAGAUCCACGAAAGAAACUCGCGAGGGUCCUGGUAUUGGGUAAUUACCGGUCUCUGCUCUCCAUCGGUCGUACAUGGUGUUGUCGACAGUGAAAUUGCGGUUAGCCUCAUUGUCUUGGUUGUUCGCAUUAUCCUCUCUGUCUUGUCGAAUGUGUUCGUUGUGUUUGUAAGCCAUUGAGGUUUGGUUCGGUGGUGAUCGAGCUUGUUCUGAGGAUGUUUGUGCACCGGUCGAGACAUUGAAAUCCAUAUUUAUUUCUCCGAAUGAUAGAAAAAUAGGUGUUUUGUUUUUAUACCUUGUUGUAGCAGUGACGAGUUUAUUGAAAGGAGGAUUGAUAUCAAUAUUGCACACAUCAGAGGCGAAUGAACUGAAAAGUUUAAAGCCUCUAUAAUUCAUCACGUUCGUUCGUUCGGUAUUGCAGAAAUUCAGCAAGCGAAGUCUUUCCACACUGAAGUUUUUGUCGGUCCAACGUCCGUCCUUACUACACUACUGCGAAUCCGAUCUUUGGGGAGAUCGAUUUUUGUUCAAUUGUCGUCAGUGUCUGGGGUGUGGUGAGGGUGGCAGUGGUCCUAGGCAUUGGAAGGAGUGUACUUGUAACGAAUAAAGCGGCUUCUAAUUCGGAUGUCUUCUUCAGCGAUUACUUUGAAUUUAUUUUUCAUCGCGUUGAUUAGGACGUCUUUUUUUAUCCCGUUUGCCUGUUGAUGGAGUGCUAUAGCUUGGGCUUUCUCCACGUUUUCAGUCAGUCGUUGUGCAGCGCUUCCGCGAGUGACCGUAUUCGCAGUACUCAUAACACAGUAACAGUGUUGGAUAGUAUGGCCGGGUUCUCUGUCUUAUCCAACCGAAAUCUAUAAUCUACAAUGCCAUUGAUAGUAAGAAUCAGGGUAGGUGUGGGAAUCACUUUGCUGGCUUCUUUUCUCGCUAUUCAACGGAAGUCUUUCAGUUCCUUUUUAAUAUUUUCUAUUUCAUAUUCAGUUAUUUCCGGACAGUUUCCAUGUUUUCAGACAGUAGACAACGCAUCUGCACUGAUUCGUGGGGUGUUCAGUGAUUUUAAUUUCCGUUACGUCUGAUAGUUUGAUCAUCGUUUUCAGUUUGUCGAUCCGCUCUCGGUGCCUCAUCUUUAUUAAGUAGGAUGCUUCUCUGUUUCCAGGUCUCGAUGUUCGUUUCGGAGUUCGUUUAUAACCCUACUCAACUUAUUUAACAAUUUCACUCGUAAUUCUAUCUCGCGUCAGGAAAGUACGCUCUUAGUUUGAAAUAAAAAUACAUGGCAGCACGGUUUUGAGUUGAGUGAGCGUAAUGUAAACAACAACGAACGUUAUGGCGCCCGUUAACUGUGUUAUUCUCACACUCGUCGGUAAUAAAAAAAAACUAUCCCCCGCGGAGGAAUUCACGUGAAUGGACUAUUCAGGGAUCAAUCCGUUAACACCUUCCUUGUAAGAUUUUUUGUGUUAUUCCGCGGAUUCACUCCGAAUUAACCGAUGAAAAUUGUAUCGUCAAUAUGGUCACAACGAGGGUCUUCGAAGACAAAACAUGAAAUCGACUCUCCUCUCAGUCGCUUUGCUUCGAGUAGGACUACUUGGGCAUUCGCCGUCAUCAUGACUAUUUCAUCAGUCAUCCUCGCUCUUAACGCUCAUCAAUUCAAUGGUUAUUCUAGUUGACGUGCUGAAUGAAUACAAAUCCGCCUCUCUAUUCAACCUGACUUCAAUCCACAAAUAAUACUCCACUAUGACACGUACCUCGUUGCCCGCGUAAACAAUCUUAUUUUAACGUUCAUAUAAAGUGAAACAAAAACUUGAUUUCUGACGCGAAAAAGUAGUUUCACCAUUAUUGGACGGCUACAUUGUUUACCCAGCGUGAACUCAAACAUCGACACAUGCAUACGUGAUACAUGAGGGAGAGAAACGAAUUCAGUCUGUGCGAAGUCACUUUAAUAUGCCGUGAAAUCCAUUUGACGAUGAAGAAUUAAAGGAGUGCGGAGCGUCGUGGAGGAGAGAGCAGCGGGAACACCCGAAUGACUGUUGAUUCAAGUUGACAGAGACACUGCUGGAUGAAGCAAAAACUCACUUCCAAUCCGCAUUGAAGGCAUUGAGCUUCGUUUACCAGUUUAGGGGAGCGUGAAAGAAUAAGUAGUAUUCAGGUGGAAUGAGCACGUUUUUUGACGUGGGACUACAUCUAACCGUAGUAUAUAGGGGGUAAAAUAAAAAACCUAAACACAGAACAUGCAAGAAAAAAUGAAAGAUUUCGAAUGCUUAUAACUCGAACAUUUCUUACUUGAUCGGAAAGAUGUUUGCAUCAAUUGAUAGGGAAUAUUUCUACGCAUCUAUCGCAACUAACAAAAUGUUAUUUUUCAUUAGAUAAACAAUUGAAUAACUGUAAAAUAUUAGGCGUUAUCUAAACGCCCUAACUGCCUCGUUUUGAUUGGCCCGAUUUACGGUUUCCCUAACACAGCCAUCAAAACCAAGCAGCCUUGGGAAAAUCGGCAUUGCAAAUACAUGAAAGUAGGGGGACUUUGUUCUCACUGAAAAAUGUUCCCUAACUUUGACUUCAAAACCAAGCAGCGAUUGAGAAAUCGGUAUUGCAAACACAUGAAAGUAGGGGGAGCUUUUGUUCCCACCGAAAUGUCUUCCCUAACAGAGAUUUGUAAAUCAAAGUGCCUGGAGUAAAUCGGCAUUUCAAAUUCAUGCAAGUCGGGGGUAUUUUCGUUCCGACUGAAAUGUGUUUCCCUAACACAGACGUCAAAACCAAGGUUUCUGGGGAAAUCGGCUCUGCAAAUAAAUGCAAACAGCGAGUACUUUUGCCUCGCUUGCCUUUGUGCAGACUGGAAUAUGCCUAACAUGAUCUACUAAACUUAGGAACCUGGGAAAAUCGUGCAGACAAUAGAAGCGAAUGAACUUUCCAGUUUCAAGCAAAUUCGCGAUUCGAGAAGUACGUACACUUGAGAGAUGUAAAAUUCAGAAAGAAAUAUAAAAAAAAUAAUCGUUUGAUAAUUCUUCCGUACAUAUAUGUUGUCCUAGGCAUCAUACCAAACGUGAAAGGUCUGCCAUUAAAUUUACUUGUAACGAAGAACAUAAUCUAUCACAAUGCAUGAAUUGACCUAACAUGGCAUUAUACAAUCUUUUUACUCACAAAGCAAUUAUAUUGAAUUCAACUGAAUUCGGAUAUUGUUUCAUUCAAUCAAGAAUUUUAUCAAUACAAAAAAAUGAUUGCUUUUUUUUGUUUCUACUGAAAUGUGUUUGCCUAACACAGACUUCAAAACCAAGAUGUCUGGGGAAAUCGGCUUUGCAAAUAAAUGCAAACUGCUAGUACUUUUGUACUCGCUUGCCUUUGUGCAACUAGAAUAUGUUACCUUAACACGGUCUCCUAAACUUAGGAACCUGGGAAAAUCGUACAGACACUAGAGGCGAAUGAACUUUCAGGUUUAAAUCCUCUAUAGUAUGAAAAGUAGAAGUUUUUUUUAUCCCAUUUAUUUAUUGAAGGCUCAUUAGCAUUUUAGAUAUCUAUAACUAGCACAUUACACAGUUGUCAUUCGCCAGUACUCCUUCUAUACCAUUGUAUAUGGUACAUUUACACAGUAGCCAUUUAGGCGUAAGAGUAUUCUUUCCGUUCUUCCAUUAUCUAGUUAGACCACCGGACAGCGGAGACAGUUAAUUGAUCAUUGUUGAGUUAUUUUAUAGAACAGCAGCCCGAUGUAUCUUGCUGAGCAGAGCAGUUGUAUGGAUGAAUCGAUCUUAUUUCGACCGUGGAUCGAUCUCCAUCGCUGAUGAUUGUUGCGUGGACGUAGUUAUUCUGUAACAACACAAAGAUGGUCAAUGGGGGUCCUGAGUUUUGAACUCACGAUCGAUCGCGUACUAAGCGAACGCGCAACCAAUGUGGCUACGGAGACCCCCUAAAAAAAGUAGAAGUUGAAGUUGUUCAUUCAUGCAAGCCGGAGGUACUUCUGCACCCGCAUGUUUUUUUUUGCACUCCGAAAAGUGUUUUCCUAACACGGAUUACAAGAACAGAUACGAACAUAACGCUUUGGCUCGGUUAUUCAAGAUGCAUUGAAGGAUAUGCCUUCAUAUCUUCUGCUCACUGAAAUGAUUGCUAAGCUUAGGUAGUCCCACGUCAACCUUGCGGUUAUAUUAUAGAUAUAACCCACCCAUUUUAAUUCAAAAUUCUUAAUUAAAAUAAACUUUUCCGUAUCAAAUUAGUGUUCUAUUUUAAUGGAAAUCACUUUUUUUGUGCAGAUGAAGCGUACUGAGAGCGGUUUUUUUACCUCGUGAAUCAUUGGUGUUAACCUCUGAUACUCAAUACAAAAUCGAAUAAGUGUACCCUCUUUAAGAUUAGCAAGCUCGAAGGCACUUGUGAAUUUUCAAACAGUGAAUGAAAAUUAUUUUCCAAAUGUUGUUUGCAUGGUCAGGUCACAUAGUCCUAACCCUUAUAUGAUCAUUACUAACAGAACUCCUAAAUCUUUUCACCAGAUCCUAUGAAAAGUGGACCUAAGAAAUUGGACGAACUACCCGAACAAUAAGGAAAUUUCUUAUGUUAGUUAUACUGAAAAAUAUGAGCAUAACACUGAACCUAGCUGUCGCUCAAUUUGUAUAGUCGUUCCUGUUUAUGAACUAAGAUAUUGUCCAGGAAUAUUGUAACCUUUCAUUGAAAACGAGUGAAACCUAAUACCUCGAAUUAAGAUAUAGAUUGAGCAUUUGAUAAACAAACGUGGCUGAAAUCUUCAUAUCAGCGCGUUGGAUCUCCUGCCAAUUUAUAUACUUCAAGCUAAUUAGCUCAGUAGAACAUUUUUCCUUCAUUUAACACUCACCAUUUUGAAAAUCAACAUCCACUUUUCGCUUUGCGUUUUGUUUAUAUUUGCUUCAUGGAAACUGGCUUUGAAACUCAGCUUCGAUGUCCCGAAUUGAAUGCGAAUGCCGAUGGCUUCAUAGCCUCCUGACUAUCCUCAGUUGAAUAUGACUUUGCCGAGCCCUGGUCACAACGAAUGUUUGUUCCCAAGGCGAGUGAGCUUAAUUAUUGCAUAGCUGCGUUUAUCUAACAGCUAUUUUCCCACCUAACAGCGAUUUUCCCAUCUUAAAUGUGAUUCCGGAACUAUGUUCAAAACGAUUAAUACCUCAUCUCAAACAGCCCUUGAAAUUGUCUCCAACGAUCCGCUUAAGUAUAAUUUACGCUCCGCCAAAUCCGAGAUCGACACAGAACAUGCAUUUAAAAAAUUCAUUGUUAAAGUGAUGAACAAACAAACAAUUGUUGGUUUCUUCGGGAGGACACCGACUGGACAACACCGUUGCUGGGCGAGCAGGACGGCAUGGGAUCGAGUGCCUUUCUCAAGGCAAUGGAGGUGAACAAGUAGAAAAGUUUCCCAAGGGUAUUUGUGAAGACUAGAGACGAAUGAACUGAAAAGUUUAAAGUCUCUUUAAUUCAAUAAAGAAGAAGAAGAAGAACAAUUGUACAACAAAUGCCUUUCCCAGAGGAAAACCAAAUCAGCAGCCAGGAAGCACACCCUCAUAUAAGAUGAGAUUCUUCAUUGCUUAUAAUGAUUGUGAUUGGCCGCCCCGUUGCUACGCUACUGAAAAACCACCAGAAAGGAGAGCAGCUCUACUCACCCAAACAAAGGCGACUGCACACAAAGGACAUCACAUUUCAACUUACACACCCUCUGGAAGUGCAGUAUCAUCCAGUGUCGUCUCCAAGUGAUGGACCCCAAUCCAAGCCCCCGCUCGGACUGACUUGUCGUUCCUAUUCAGUUCUGUCUCAAAUUAGUUAACCGAUCGUCUGGGGUGAGGAUGGGUGUGGUGCUGUAUGCUUGUGUUUCCAAGUAACUGAAUGCCAAUCGGAGCAGAAAGUCCUCCCCCAAAACAGCGAGAGACAGCAAGCAAGUGUGAUUACAAUAAUGACCACGGUAUUGGGUUAUCCAUCUCUCCCGCUGUUGGAUCCAUCUGCGGAUCCGAGCAACACUUGAAAGACGAAACUCCCUAGUAGCGACACAACGUAAUGUAAAUAAAUGUACUUAGUGAAAGAAAAAAAAUGCCCCUUGACCCCGUAACACACAAAAUGAAUUCCCACUCUCGCCGCUAGUGAAGCGGGGGAAGGAAUGAUGAUAGUAUGCAAAUUGAAUGUUGACUUUUUGAAACUGAUUCGCUAUGAGACACUGACAGAGUUUAAACCGCGCAGGAUGAGACGCAAGAGGAGGUUGAUGGAUGACCGUGGCAGAGAGAGAUUAGUACUUAUUAGAAUCCACUGGAUGAGAGUAAGAGAAAAAUGUAUAUUUUUUCACGCGUGAAUGCGCUGCUGCAAGAGGAACUUACAGAAGAAGAAGAAGAAGAAAAAAGUUAGGCUGAGAAUAAUAAAAUACGCUAGUUUAAUAUUAUCUAUGUAAAACAGAAACAUAAAACAAACAAAAGACGAGAGAGAACACACGCAGCAAAGGAAAACUUUAGUUACGACACGAAAACACGGGAAUAUAAGAAAAAGACACAACACACAUACAACAUACACAAUGAUAUUUGCUAGAUGAUAUUGUUAGGAUUUUUUAUAAGGAAAAAUUGUGAUCGUCAUUGUUCUCGGUGAUGCAAACAUAUGUACUUAAAAGAAGGCGAGAAGAAGAGAAGAGAAGCAGAAAAAAAGAAGACAUACAGGUGUGGGAGGCAAUUAUUUGGCGUUUAAUUUCGCACGAUGAUAACGUUAGCUUUUUGUGUUAGUAGCCAACUAUUUGAAGCGUGCAACUGCGCGGAACAGUAGAAGGAGUAAACAUGAGUAAUUAAGGCGGGACAAGUCCGCGAAGAGAAGAUGCACUGAAACCAAUUUGUUAUCGAUUACACGAACAAAAGACAGAGAAGAAGGAAAAUAUGUACGUAUGAUUAGUGAAAUAAGCGUAAAACGUGGUUCCCCGCAGACUAGUGGAAAUAUGAUGCGCAUUUGAUAAGUUUAGUAUCUGUAUAAGCUGAUAUAUUGGUUUUGUAUUAUGUACCGCUUAGAAGUAUCCUAUAUUAUUGGUGAUGGGUUUGGAAAGUGAAGCAAAUAUUUACACGAGACUGUUUGAAUGGAUUACAUUGAUACAAUUGAUAGCA